AUGCGAAAUUCCACAGUGGAUGAUGUGUUCGACAAUGGCCGAGGCUGUCAGGUCGCGAUCGGCUACUUCGGCAGUGCUCCGAUAACUUUAGAUUUUGACUAUAGCUAUGCAAUGCUCUACGUUGGGUAUAAUGACAGCGCAUACCUGGAUUAUUCCCUCGGGGGACCUUCUUGCGACAAGAAUUCGAGCCACCAGUUCUUGGCCAUCUCUGCAAUGCGCAAAAGGUCACCAGGCCAUGAAGCCCAGGUCAUGAACACCACGGCGCAGUUCUGCGAAGCUGCUUAUUUCAAGCGCAACGUCACGGUUACCCUAUCAGCCAGUCUAGCACCGGACGUACUAUCUAUUGUGGCCUACGGCGAUAAAUUGCCACUACUAGACACAGAAUUCAACAGAUCCGCGUUCGAGUACCUUCUUGGAGUCGGUCAUCCACCUACUACUGAAAGAAAGGACUAUCCGCGCGAUGUGACACUGGAGCAGUACGGACAACUCGUGGACACCGGGAUUGAAUGGCCACUCACCAAUAUGGUAGGAUUUGCUGUUGGCUUGGGGAAUCAUUCGGCCGGCGAUCUACACGACCCGGCUCGGCUGGGUUGCGGCGUAUUCUGCAGCCCACAAGAUGGUGUUUUCAAUGGCUCCUUGCUUGCGAACGUCUUGGCCGUUGGUGUCAGCGGCAUAUUUAGCGACAUUCCCCUGCGCGUUUCAUAUCAAGUCUCGAUGAGACCAACCAGCGAGGGGAUACCAAGUCGGGGCGACAUAAUCACCGUUCCAACCGCCGCCAGGGACCAUUUUCAGGUCGCUUUGGCAAAUAUAUCAUCAGGGAACCGCCUAACACCUUGGACUGAUGCAGCAUACUACUAUCUCCCCUUCAGCACGCCUGACAAUUGGUCCUCUGUUGAUGGUGAAUACUAUACUCUAGAGACUGGGGGCGUGGGCGUUGACCUUGAAUGCUCAAGUCUGCCAUCCAACGCCCCCUCAGGAGCAGCUUCCGUACAAUACUCCGUUCUAGGGUCUACAGAAAGUCUCAAAAUCUCAGAGUCACUACGGGCAUCAAACGGAUCCAUCGUCGACUGUUACAACGGCCCAGCGAGCAUUGGGAACAUAAGCAACGUCGUGGAUGCACCGAUGGCUCGGGAGUUCCUCAAUGCCUAUGGCGACAACUCCACACGAGGCGCAUGCUCGACCGUUCGAUUCAUUGCUGGCUGGGCGCGCCUAAACCAGCCAAAUGGCAGUAAUGAAGAACAGACACUACAAUCGAUCUUCAUCGAAUGCCGCCCGAAACUACAAACAGGUCAAUUCAACGUCACCGUGGACUCUGAUGGUUAUGUCAUGCAAACCCAAUACCUGGGUAGGCGUGAGCAGACAUCCGACUCCUUCAGUCUGGAGCAAACGGACCACAUGCUCUAUGAGAUCAACUCGCUGUUCAUCUCGCAACAGGCGACGUGGCCGCCUUGGCACAGCGAAGUCGUGACGGGCGACUGGCUCAAUUAA